AUGUUUGGAUCACCAUUUACUCGAAACAAUUCAAUAUCGUCACCACCCAGUCAAUUUAGAGACUCGGCCAGAAAUGCAAUUUAUCAACAACUUCCUCCACUGGUGGUGACCUCUUCGAGUGCAUCUUCGAUAAGAUCAGCACCAUCACAGUAUAAUAACCAGCAGCAUCAACAUUCACGAUCACAUUCAUCGCUGCAUCGGUCCAAAGCAUCUAGUGUUUUUUCCGGACGUCGUUCAGUACGUAGUGCCCCAUCGAUUUACUCGAGUUCAACGGCCACCAUACCAGAGGAUUCAGAACCAUUAAGUAUAACGGUUGAACAGUUGGUUAAUGAUAUUGACUACCACGAGACAUAUUAUAAGCAAGUACAAGAGGAAGGGGACGAUGACGAUGAAGAGAUGUACAAGAUAUGUCUUGGAUCCGAUUUACAAUAUCAAAAUAUUCCAGAAUCUUUAAUUGAUUGGAACUUAAACGUAACUAGAUGUAAAUUAAUGUUAAUACAGUUACCAGAAAUAUCCAAAACCCCCGAUUUCCAGUAUAGUCAACAAUCCUUACCUCAAUUAGUUGGAGACUUGGCCCAGUUAUGUCAACUUGUUUUAAUACAACCACAUAUCACGGAUAAAGAGUUGAUUUACACUCUAUUCUCGUCCAAUCUCUACCACGAACACCACUUGGAUGUCAACUUUAAAAAAUCAGUGGCGGAAAUUAGCGUUAAACAAUCAAGACUUCUCCAAAUAAACUCUCCUCGUAAAAGGAAAAAUUCAAUACUGUCUCCGCCAAUCAUCUCUGCUGAUAAUCAACUGCAUUUAGGAUUCAAGUAUAAAGAAAUCGCCAUACGAAACUAUUUGAUCAAUUUGGCCGCGGCGGCUACCACUGCUUAUGAAUAUAAAUUGAAAACUGACGCUCUCAAAAAAACAAUUCGAUUAUCGGGCGAUAAAAAGAAAAUAUCAAAAGAUGAAAAGAAAAAACUAUGGGAACAAGUAAGACUGGAUGUUUUCAGAAGAGCUGGACUUGAAUAA